AUUUAACUCUUCGUCGUUCGAGUUCGCUUCGUACGUCUACUAUCAGUCAGUGUGUUAUUGUGCUUACUGAUAAAUUUAUUAUUGUUUAAUCAUCAUCAUAUACUAACGUUCUGUUGUUAAAUGUGCUACAAUUAUUGUUGUGCGAAAGUCACAUAAAAUAAGUUCGAAACGUUAGUUUCAUAUUGUGUAGAUUCGAUGAUGAUGUCUUUUUCAACUAAUUUCUGUAUUUCAUUAAGUUUUCUCACUAUAGUUAUUACAUGUAUUGUUUUAUCGAAUGAUAAUUAUGCACAAGCGAGUGAAAAUGAUGCCGAAAGCAUUACUAAAAUUGGACAAGGAGUAGGUCAUAUUAUGAACAUUUAUUACUGUUAUUCUUGCGGUUAUAGAAAAGUAUUUGAAGAUUAUGCAGGAAUCAUACAACAGAAAUAUCCUGAGAUAUCUGUUAUAGGAGCAAACUAUGAUCCACCUGGCCUAAAUAUGUAUUUAUCUAGAUUAAUCGGUUUUGGCAAGAUGAUCCUGAUCAUGUGCAUACUAAGUGGAGUGAAUAUAUUUGCAUGGCUGAAUAAGCCUCAGCCUGCAUGGUGGAGUUGGUGUCUUGAGAACAAACUUUAUGCUUGCAUGAUGAUGUUCUUUUUAGCUAAUAUGAUUGAAGGCCAGUUAGUAUCAUCGGGUGCAUUUGAAAUAUCUCUGAACAACAUUCCAUUGUGGUCUAAACUUGAGACAGGAAGGAUUCCACAGCCACCAGAAUUGUUUCAAAUCAUUGACAAUACAUUACAGUUCUCAAAAAUGGACCUACCUAAUACUAAUUUUGCACAAUAAUAUUUUCAAUGUAAUUUGUUGCAAUAGAUUUUGAAUGGGACUGUGGUUUUGAUUAAUAGGGUGAAAUAUUUGUACAAAUUAAAUUCAAACUUGUCCAAACAUGACUCACUGCGAGCUAUGAAUUUUUAUGGAUAUGAGAUUCUUUUAAGAAUUUCGAUGAGAAGGGAAGUUAGUAUGUUAUCUAAUGAAUUAUAUAUUAUGUUGUCAAAUACAAAAUGUAUGUUCUAACGAUGUUGUGUUGUUGUAAUCAACUAUUGCAUUUUUCUUAAUAAACUUUAAAAUUAUUACUUUCACUUCUGAAUAAAUAAAUAAUUAUGUUAUGAAGAUCAUUAACAUUCAAUGGAUAAAUAAUUAUCUAUUAUGUUCUUAAUAAAUUGAUCAAAAUUAUCAUACAAACACAUGCUUAUUUAUCUAGUCAGGAUGAUAAUUUUCAA